GUCAGAUACGUAGGUUGCGACGCGAGACCCCCUAUCCUGGACACGCUCCUCCAACUCAAUUCAACACUCAUCGAGACUUUGACUUUGAAUCAGCUUGUCAUUGUCUCCCUCCACACGAAGCGCUGCACGUACGCGAAUUUGUUUCCAAGGAUCACUUGGGCUAAACACUUUUCUCGCUUCGAACAUCAUUUCGAUCCGUCUGACGACCGGGGCAAUCGUGGGUUCGACACGCUCACAAAGCUCUUCAUCAUGUCAUCCAGCGGGCCACCGGGAGCCACGCUGCUUCAAGCAGGAACCAGGGCUCGGGGCACAAGCACGCGCCAUCCACGCCAAUCAUCCGGUGUAUACAGCACAUUUUCAGCCAAACAGAUUCACGGAUUCAGAGAAGCUUUUUCCAUGCUGGACGAUUCGUCGUCGGAUGGGUUUUUGGAUGCCAACGAUCUGAAGAGGGUGCUAGGAGAUUUGGGAAUGAGGAACGAGGAAGAGGAUGUGAGGAAAUUAUUGAGCAGCGCUAAUACCGAUGCGCAAGGAAGGAUCAACUUCACGCAAUUCUUGACCAUGUUUGGAGAACAUUUGGACGAGGAAAUAUCUGCCCACAUCCAGCUCGACGAGGCUUCUGACCUCUUGUCGGCUUUCGAGUGCUUCGACGAGAGGGACGAAGGUAGCAUAGAGAGUGGGGAGCUCAGAUAUUGGCUCGCAGAAGUGGGAAACAAGAUGACGGACGAAGAGAUCGACCGUCUCAUAUCCGGUCCAUUUUUGGAUCGCGCAGGACGCAAGUUUGACUACAAAGCUUGUGAGUGAAUCUCCGAGAUGAGGCACACAAGUAUCAGAGGCGGCCGUCAUUCGCAUACAAGCGCAUGCGAGCAGCCUAGCACUAUGAGAAGACAUCCCACUGACGUGCCGACUGACGAUGCCUACCUCCUCUCGACCAUCGCC